CAGUUGCGUUGAAUGCAAUUUUGUCAUUUUUAUUAAAACGUAAAUAUGCUUUCACACAAGAGCUUUUAAAAGUCGACAGAUUGUGUUGAAAAGUUUCGUUGCCGAACCCUUUUAUUUGUUAAAAAAAGCCUCACAUAUUUAGUUUUUUAAAAAAUAUAAAUGGCUGCCUCAAUUGGCAGGUCUGCUAUUCUGUUUGGGAAAAUUAUUACUUCUGAUUUAACACACGCUGUAAAAGUCGGAGUUCCAAAGUACGUUAUGGACGAAAGAUUAAAUAUGUAUUUCAAAGAACAAACACAAUAUUAUGCCUAUGAUAAAACAAAAGAGUGCAAGGAAGGUGAUUAUGUCAUAAUAAAGGAAUAUCCUGAAUCACCUGAAAAAAAAGUUACUCAUACUGUUGAAAAAGUUGUGUAUAAGUUAGGACAUCUAAUUGACCCUGUGACUGGAAAGCGUACCUCUGGGACUGAAUAUAUUGAAGAUAUCCAACGUUUAUCUGAACUUUUUGGUAGAAAAGUGCCAUAUGAAUAUGAAGGUAAAGGAGAAUCCUAAACAAUUUCAUUGAUUAGUUGCUGUUAUUGUUAUAAUAGUUACUUUGAAUAAUGUACUGUGGUUCUGUUGCAUAAACCAUGCCAACAGGAUCAAAUUUUAAAAAGUCUCAUUGUCAAACUGGAGAAAUAUCAUCAUUGAGAAAUAAAGUUUUCCUCAAAAGCUGAAA